AGAAAUCCGACCAGCCUACUGGAUUGUCGAGCAGCGGACCGUUUUUCUUCUCUCCCCCCCUCCUCCUCGCCCCCUGCCUGCACUAUAUGUUACAUUUCCAGCCCCUCUCCCCUCGCUUUUUUACGCAGGCGGACGUCCACGGCACAGCGACACAAGUGCGCACUACAGGCGGAGGAGGAGGCACGGCAGGCGGACGGACGGACGGCGGUGUGUCGGUCUUUGUUGGACACCCGGCAGACUGGAUUGUGGAUUUGUUUAUUCUCUGGAUUUUGGAUCAGGGCUAGGAUAACUUCGCAUGGGACAAAAAAACCCGCCUUCUUUCAUGUCAUCCGCCGAUUUGUUUCGCCCGGCGUGUUGACACCAGUGUGAGGGGGAAUCGGAGGCGACACACUGGAGAAGAUUGACAGAUAGGCGACAUGAAUAUACACGCGUUUCCGUCCUGCAGCUGUACAGGAUAGAUGCAAACUAAAAACACGACUCGCGAUCUUACAUGUGAUUUCGGGUGCUUAUAAUGCAGAGACGUGAGUCGGUUUGAACGGAGACCAGGAAAAGAUGCUCUGCUGCACGCUUGAGGUUUUGCACCGUAGGGCAAUGUGUUAUUGACGAUUUUGCACGGCGUGGAAUAAUGCAUCGAGACACAACUUUGUUCACAGGCUUGGCAGACUGCGAUUAUAUUUUAUAAGAGUGCAUGUAUUCGCUAGCCUGGCGUGUGCUCUGGUAAUCCUGUUAUUCUUGAAUAUAGCUUUCAGGACAACGCCGGUGCCAUUUAUCUGUCAGCCCCGGAGCCCUGUUCCGUUCCACAUUUCUAAACCCAAAUCCUGCAUUCUAUUGAUGUCAGUGAUCCCGUUAUGUAGAUAAAACCUCUCGAGUUGUGUUGCCAAUGACUGGUAGAUUGUUGAUGUAGGCAGGCCUGACCUUCGCUUAUGCAGAUCCAAUCGAUAGCGCGAUAAAGACAGCGCUGGCUGUUUGUGCUCCUCUGCAACUGUCACGGGGGUGUGUUUAAAAUCCGGCAUAUUUAGUUUUUACACAUGCCCCAACGCAGCAGUGAAGCUCCUCAGUAGAGUGGAGACUGUCAACACACUGAGGUGUCGGAUACAAUCCCGUAAAGCAACGUCUCAACAAAAGUUUCAAUGGUUUUCCGAAAGUUGCCCGGCGUGUCGGCAUCGGGCAUGGGUCUGCGCCUGUCCCAGAAAUUCGUGUUUCUGCUCUUUCUCUCGGGUUUAGUAACACUUUGUUUUGGGGCGCUUUUCUUUUUGCCCGACUCUGUGCGACUAAAACGCAUUUUUCUGUCCAAGACAGAGACCCAGCCGGUCACUGUUGGCUCCGGGUCCGAGAACGAUGCCAGGGAGCACCUGAAGAGACCCAAGGAGCAGGGCAUGACCCCCGCCAAGGGAGAGAGCAGCACCAAGCUGAAGAGCCUGAUCCGCAAACCGAGCGUCUCUCACGAGGCCACCGAGGAGCGGCUGGCCGGGGGGAAAGCCCAGGAGGACCUCACACUGCCCCGGUUGAUAACGGAGUCUGCCUCGGUGAAAGCGUCCUCCUCUGACAACCUGGAUACUUUCAGUUACAACAAGUUUAAAGGAUGUCUGCUCAAGCCCCCGCUGGGCAGAGACGGCGGCCAAACCAGCGACCCCACCACCAACGAGCGACGGGAGAAAGUGAAAGAGAUGAUGAAGUUUUCCUGGGACAACUACAAGCGCUACGCCUGGGGGAAGAACGAGCUGCGGCCUUUGACCAAAAACGGGCACAUUGGCAACAUGUUUGGCGGCCUCAGAGGAGCCUCCAUCAUCGACUCACUGGACACACUUUACAUUAUGGGACUGAUGGAAGAAUAUAACGAUGCCAAGGAGUGGGUGCAGACCAGCCUGGACCUAAACUCGAAUGGCGAGGCAUCACUCUUUGAGGUGAACAUCCGUUACGUUGGCGGCUUGCUGUCGGCCUACUACCUGACAGGAGAGGAGUUUUACAAGAAAAAGGUGGUGGAGCUGGGAGAGAAGCUGCUGCCGGCCUUCAACACGCCGACAGGAAUCCCCCGAGGAGUCAUCAACCUGGGGAGUGGCACCAGUUGGAGCUGGGGCUGGGCCUCAGCCGGGAGCAGCAUCCUGGCUGAGUUCGGGACCCUCCACCUCGAGUUCGUCCAUCUGUCUGAGCUCUCCAGGAAUCCAAUCUACACGGAGAAGGUGAUGAACAUCAGAAAAGUACUGAACAAGAUUGAAAAGCCACACGGCCUGUACCCCAACUUCCUCAGUCCUGUCAGCGGCAACUGGGUCCAACGUAAGUUCUGCGUUAGCUUCAUCUGGAGGCUUCAAUCUGAUUAA